GAGCCGCGAUAUAUCCAAUCCCACCUUCAAGAAGCCUGCGUAUGACGUGAUCGCAAUCAUCAAACUCGACGGCAUGCUGCGUUAUAGAAACGACGCGUGGUCCUUCGUCGCGCGCGCGAGCGUGGACUACUGCGAAGAGCUCGCGCGCGGCGACGACGACGACGCGCGUCGGCUUCUCGACGACGACCGAGGAGGCGGCGAACGACCGAACGCGGACGACUUCGACGUCCGCGCGACCGCGCUGCUGUUCAUCUUCCCCGCGAUCGCGGGUCUGUUAUUCGGAUGGGACAUCGGAAGCACGUCCGGGGCGCUGCAGUCGCUGACGGACCCAAACACCGCGGGGUUGGGCUGGUACGCGUUGGAUCCGUUCCAGAGAGGUUUAGUCGUCUCGACGUCGCUAGCUGGCGCGCUCGUGGCGUCCGCGACGGCGGCGCUAAAGCUCGGGGAUAAGCUCGGGAGCCGCAAGGAGCUGCAACUCGCGGCGCUUCUAUAGGGCGCUGGUGCAGGGUGGGGCGAUUUCAUUAGAAACGCUCGUGUUGGGACGGUUUAUGUACACGGCCUCGGGAUCGGGUUCGCGAUGCACGGCGCGCCGUUGUACAUCGCGGAAACCGCGCCGACGAAAGUCAGAGGGCUGCAGCUCUCCCUGAAAGAGUGCUUUAUCGUGGGCGGGAUCUUGCUCGGGUACGCGGGAGGGUAUCUCAUCGAGGGCGAGGAAGGCGGGUGGCGGGUGCUGCUCUCGUCCUCCGUCGCGCUGUCCGACGUGUUGUCGCUCGGGUUGUUGAAGCUGCCGGAUUCGCCGCGGCGGUCGCUGCAGAGAGGCGGCGACGCGAACGACGCGCGCGUGGCGCUGAAGAUCUUGAGAGGAGAUAAGGCAACGCCCGGGACGAUCGACGCGGAGAUGCGCGCUGUGACCGCCGCCUCGGAAAAGUCCGGCGUCGGCGGCGUCGGCGGCGUCGGCGAGCUCCUGAGGAAGAAGAACGUUCGGCCGCUGUUCGUCGGCCUCUCCGUCGUCUUGUUCCAGCAAACCACCGGGCAGCCGAGCGUGUUGUACUACGCCGAGCAGGUGUUCAUCGCCGCGGGGUUCGACGCGUCCGAGGGCGCGGGCGUCAGCGUCAUCUUGGGCGUCUUCAAGCUCGUCAUGACCGGGUUCGCGGUGAAGUACGUCGACAGCGUCGGACGGCGGCCGCUGCUCCUCAGCGGCGUCGCGGCGAUGACGCUCGCGACCGUCGCGUUGGGCGCGUGCUCGGACGCGCUCGCGACCGGUGACCCCGCCGACAGUCUGAACACCGCGCGUCUGUCCGUCCUCGCGAUCUUCGCGUACGUCGGCGCUUAUCAGGUGUCUUUCGGUCCGAUCGCGUGGCUGCUCACGGGGGAGAUUUUCCCUCAGCGCGUGCGAUCCGCCGCGGUGGGCACCGCGACGUUGACGAACUUCGCGUCCAACUACAUCGUGGCGCUGUACCUUCCAGCGGGGACGUACUACGUCUUCAGCGUCAUGGGCGUGAUCGCGCUGGCUUCUAUUUAUCUGUCUGUCCCGGAGACGAAAGGGAAGUCGCUGGAGGAGGUCGAGGUGGAGAUGACGCGGUGA